AUGCCGACUUUAUUUUCUCAAUCAAAAAAGAGAAAAAUGUUGUCGGAUGUACAUUUGGAGAAGAUUGUGCACACGUACAACAUUGACAUUGCCCCCUACGAUUUGGUCUCGGAAGAAAGUCAAUCAUCGAGUCAAUGCAUGAGAAAUAUGGCAGAUUCAAUUGCAUCUGUAGAAGCCAUAUUGAGGUAUAAAUUCAAUAACAGAAGUUUGUUGGAAGCAGCCCUAACUCAUACUUCAUACACUGAGUCUGAGUCCUACCAACGUCUCGAACUCCUUGGUGAUGCUGUUGUUGGACUUGUCAUCACAAUUUUCUUUUACUUGGCUUACCCUGAUGUUGACCCUGGUCAAAUCUCUCUCCUCCGCUCUGCCAAUAUUAGUACCGAAAAACUUGCACGUGUGGCUGUUCGCAACGGGCUUUACAAAUAUGUCCGCCACAAAACCAUCCUUCUCAAUGAUAAGGUUAGGAAAUUUGUGAUUGCGGUUGAAGAUGAAGAUGAGAUGGUGGUGCAUGGUGGGCAAAUGAAAGCUCCAAAGGUGCUUGCUGAUAUUGUUGAAUCGGUUGUUGGUGCUGUUUAUGUAGAUUGUGGGUUCUGUUUGCAAAGCCUGUGGAUGAUAAUUAGAGAGCUACUUGAACCGAUGGUUAUGCUAGAUGUUCUCGAGAAACAGCCGCAGCCUAUUACCAUGCUAUACGAGGCAUGCCAAAAAGAGGGGAAAUUUGUUGACAUAAAGAAUUGGAGGAAAGGUGAGAGAAACAUCGCAAGUGUUUAUGUAGAUGGAAGAUUUAUUGCCUCUGGCUCUUCAGAGAACAAAGAGAAUGCUAAGCUUCAUGCAGCUGAGGUUGCUCUAUCAAAGUUAACAAGGCUAAAAAGCACGGAUGCAAUAAGUAGUAGUAGCCUACACAUGAACAUGAUGUAUCCUGAUUGUUACAAGAGUGAAUGCAGCAGGGACAUGGAAAAUUCCAUUGGAGCUGUAGAAGCCAUAUUGAGGUACAACUUCAAGAGGAAAAGUUUGUUGGAAGCAGCCCUAACUCAUUCUUCUUACACCGAGUCUCAAUCCUACCAACGUCUGGAAAUCCUGGGUGAUUCUGUUCUUCGACUUGCCAUCACUAAUUUUAUCUACUUGGCGUACCCUGAUGUUGACCCUGGUCAAAUCUCUCUCCUCCGUGCUGCCAACAUUAGUACUGAAAAACUUGCACGCGUGGCGGUCCACAAUGGGCUUUACAAAUAUGUCCGCCACAAAACCGUUGUUCUGAAUGAUAAGGUUAGGGAAUUUGUGAUUGUGGUCGAAGAAGAAGAAGAAGAUGAGAUGGUGGUCCACGGUGGACAGAUGAAAGCUCCAAAGGUGCUUGCUGAUAUUGUUGAAUCGGUUGCUGGAGCUGUAUUUGAAGAUUGUGAUUUCAAUUUGCAAAUCCUGUGGGUGGUAAUUAGAGAGCUACUUGAGCCGAUGGUUAUGUUAAAUGUUCUUGAGAAACAGCCACAGCCUAUUACCAUGCUAUAUGAGGCAUGCCAAAAAGAGGGGAAAAUUGUUGACAUAAAGAAUUGGAGGAAAGGUGAAAGAAACAUUGCAAGUGUUUAUGUUGAUGGAAAGUUUAUUGCCUCUAGCUCUUCAGAGAACAAAGAGAAUGCUAAGCUUCAUGCAGCUGAGGUUGCUCUAUCUAAGUUAACAAGGCUAAAAAGCACUGAUGCAAUGAAAGAUGAUUCUGGUGAAGCCACUGAGAUUAAAGGUGCAAAACGAAAAAUACAUGAACUUUGUAACAGGAGAAGGUGGCCAAAAGCGACUUACAGAGUUGAGCAAGAAUCGGGUCCUGCACACAAUAGAAGAUAUAUAGCAUCCGUGCAAAUUGAACUUUCUGGUAAGAUAUUUUUCAUGAAGGGAGAAGAGAGGUCAAAAGUCAAGGAUGCAGAAAAUUCUGCAGCUUCAUCUAUGUUUUAUUCUUUACGAGAAUUGGGAUAUUAAUGAAUGUCUGAAAACAAAAACUCAUCUAUGCAUCUUACAUUUGCCGCAUUUGAUUGUUACAAGAGUGGCAAGUAAAAACUCCAAUAAAAUAUAUAUUUGUUUAUAAAUACAAAAAAGGACACCAGAUAAAAAAGGAAAAUCAUAUCCGUUCUAACGACUUCAAUAUGGAACCGAAAAGUCCAAAUCUUUUUUUUUUUUGGAAACGGUGAGAUAUAUAAACUAACAAGACAUCACGACUAGCAAGGAACUAGAGCGUGGGCCGAAACAAGACACAAUU